GACUUUAGACAGGCCCAAUGUAAUAUAACUGACUGACCAGCCCAAUGAACCAAAUCAGGCUAAGGCCUGCCACUACAAGAAGACCUUCAAGCUAGGGUACGGGUAGACUGAAACGAGAGGCUCCUCCAAGACCCGAGGCAGAGACACCAAAGAAGAAGAAGUUGUAGUACCAAGCAACUCAGGCCACCGGAGACGACGAAGUCCAUCAGAGACUUUAGCAAUAAACAGGGGCUUUUAAAGAAGAAGUCUUUGAAACAGUUGAGACUUUUGGUGAUGGAUCAAAAGCUUGAAGUAAGAACUUACAAAAGGGAUUAUCCUCCUGCUCACUUCAUGUUCAAAAUAGAGUCCUUCUCUUUACUCUCUAAGGCAGGGAUGGAAAGAUAUGAAACUGGUGAUUUUGAGGUUGGGGGCUACAAAUGGUUGGAGCUUGGCAUUCUAUCCAAAUGGUAAUAAAGAUGAGAAUGCAGAUGGCCAUAUCUCCCUUUAUUUGGUAAUCAAAGAGACAGAAAAGCUUCCAGCUUGUUGGGAUGUCAAUGCCAGUUUCAAAUUCUUUGUGUUUGAUCAUAUUCGAGACAAGUACUUGACCAUUGAAGGUGUUGAUGGUUCUUCAAAGCGAUUCAAUGCGAUAAAGACUGAAUGGGGAUUCUCUCAAUUACUCUCCCUAAAGGCUUUGAAGAAUGCAUCUAAUGGAUAUCGCGUUGGCGAUUCAUGCAUGUUUGGGGCAGAGGUUUUCAUUGCCAAAUCUACUUUCAAAUUCGAGCGUCUUUCCAUGAUUAAGUGCAGUGGUAACAAUGUCAUGACUUGGAAGAUAAAAGAUUUUUCAAAGUUAAAUGAGAUAUAUUAUGACUCUGAAGGGUUUGAUUUUGAAGAAUCAAAAUGGACGUUUAAGCUCUUUCCAAAAGGUAAUCGGUGUGCAAAGGGUAAGUCCCUUUCCCUCUAUUUUAUGUUGGAAGAGACUGGAAAGCUUCUUCCUAGCCAGAAGUUAUUCGUCCAAUUCAAGCUGCGUGUGAGGAACCAAAUUCAAGAUUCUGCUCAUGCUGAAAAGACCUGUAGUGGUUGGCUAACCUCAGGCGAGGACUGGGGUUUUGUUGAUUUUAUAUCCCUGCAUGAUCUUGAGAACCCUGUUAAAGGCUAUAUCAAGAGUGAUUGCUUGACGGUUGAAGCAGAAAUUCUUCACAUGUCAGAAUUGUGAGUUUACCUUGAGAUUUCUAUUUAGACUGUUUUUGGUGACGAAUGGAGAAGAUUAUCAAGAAUAGGUCAUGUCCGUAAGAGCAGAAGGUGUUCAUAGACAAGUGUUAGCAAUUUUUUGGUGGUUGUUUUUGUGAACAGCUUGAUAUCUGUAAUAUUCCCCUAUGUAAUCGUUCGAAUCCAUUGGUUUUGCUACCUUUUCAGUUUAUGUACAUUGUAUUAGUUGAAGCCUAACAUUUACAA